UUGAAUUUCUAGCGUGCAUAAUUUAUUGAGUUUUGCCAUUGUAGUACGGACAUAAAAAGGAAAAUAACCAAAACACACUGGUUCCAAACUCGGAGCUGCAAAUGUUUGGGAACAAUAAUCAACUAUAAAAUAGACAAUAAACAAACAGGCAAUGAAGAUAGUUUAGAUGUGUAAGUUAAUCCCAACUCUCUCAAUAAACGCAACUCAGGUUUACAUGUCUCUUAUCAGCAGUGGCGGACGCAAGUGAUGAGGAAUGAGGUCACGUGCCCCCAACUAAAUUUUAUUUUCCUGCAGUAAUUACUUUUAAUUUAAGAAAUGCUCCAUAAUCCUACAACUAGACGUAAUGAAAUAAAUAUUGUGCCCCCAUCUAAGAGCAUCUCCAACCCAUUGCUAUUUUCACUUCUAUAAUAGCAUUUAGAGGUGAAAUUGCUCCAACCCACCUUUAUUUCUUUCUCUAUAAUAGAGAUCUUUAUAUUUUUCUCUAUUUAUAGAGGAAGAAAUAGCAUUCCUCUAUUUUUACUCUAUAAUUGAAGAUUGCUAUUAUAGAGAAAUACAUUGGAGCAUAUCUCACCUCUAUUAUAGAGUUUCUAUAUUUUAGAGAUGAGAAUAGCAAAAUACAUUGGAGAUGGUCUAAUAAUAACUCUGUAUCCGCCCCUGCUUAUCAGGGUUGAUCCCACUCUUGCCUUUGGAAGGGCGUGGGUGAUCUUAGUGCUUGAUGGUUCCUAUUUCUUUAGUUGAGAAAUGAGAAGCUACCAUAUCCCACUAUUCAUUUGAUCAUCAGACGUUUUGUGUGCAUACGUUUGAUCAUCAUUACUCUCUGCAUACACCGUGGGCUAGCUACUAUAUUUUGAUUUUGUCUCUGAGUUGUUUGACUCAGUAUGGAUAAUAACAUGUGCAUGUGGUGGAUGAACAAAUUAUGGGCGCUAUGAUUGAAGAUAUAAGAAGUGAUAAACAAGAAAAAACAAAAGCUGGGAGAACGGAACGAAGAAUGUUGCUGGAUUUAUUGGUUUUCUUGUAAUCAUUCAGAAAAGAAGAGCCCAACAAGAAUAACAUACAAGAAGAGGAAUAAAAUGAUGAAUGUAUAAUUGUAAUGGAAGACACAUUCCUCUCUUAUCGUUUUUCUUGUACAUCAAUCAUUAGUUAUAAUCGUAUAAGUUAUAAAUAUAUAAAAGAAAAUGAGGGAGAGAACAAAGGAACAUGAUUCCAGCUAUUCUAAGCAACUUCUCACUAUCUUAAACCCUCUACCUAAUCUCCACGUUCCUCAUUCCCAAAUCUGGUAACCUUUCUUCUUUUAAUUAUGACUCAUUACAGAAUCAAUCAAUAUACGAUUAAAAAGAUCAGCACUCCAAUUAAACAAACUAUGUUUGCUUUGCAUAAUUGAUAAUCAGUUGGAUUUAUAUACCUAAUUCAUCCCACUUUCUUCCUAGUAUAUAUUGCAUAGGAAUACAAUACUAAUCUCACAAAACACACGUAAACACGUAUCAAAGUCAAUCUUAUAUAUUAAAAUAGAAGUCACAACUUUGAUUCAUGUGUGAUUUUUUCAAAAAAUGGACCCUCACUAGAAAGUUAUGUUUCAUUUAUUUCUAAUUAAUAUUUUAUGACUUACUCGGCGGUAAUUACUUACGCCUAUAAAAUCGGUACGGUUGAACAAAUAUAUUUUGGCAUCAUUUAUAAAUCACAUACACGACAUGUAUAUAUAUCGAACCUAACUUAUGCUUAAUAAGAUUCACUCUUGAACCGGCUCGCUUUAUACACUUAAUAAACAAGGAAAGCAUUUGAUUAAACCGGCUCUAACCAUCAUUUAUAAUAUAUGAUUAGUUUGACUAUUCAACCUAUUCGAUUUAAACACUAAAUAAACCACAUCACACAUUGGACUUAACUGGACAUCAAGUGAUCAUCAUUUAUAAUACAUUAUUACCUUGAGUAUUCAGCCGGUUCGUUAUAUACAGUAAAUAAAACUAACAAAAUAAGAUUUGAACGGUACUUGGAAUGAAAUACUAUUCAUAUUUUUGGGUACUUUCAUAAUUCAUAAAUUAUUGCUGAGAACCAAGUACAUAUUAUACCUAUAUAAAAAGAUUCUAUGGAUUUAUGGAUUUAUUAGUUAAGACGAAUGUUUAUUUUAAAAGGCUUUUUAAACCUUUUGAUUGCAAUAUACGAUUCUCAAAAAUAGUUUCUAUAUUCCAUAAUAUUGACAUAAUUUAUUAUUGAUCUCCAUAAAAAGCUCAUCCACCUUAGCUAAUAUACACAAGAUCCAUUUUGAAAAGGUAAAUUCAUAAAUAAUUUAAUAUUGUGUGUGGGUUUACUAAUCAUAUAUUCCAAGUGUAUAUAUAAAAGCUAUUAGUAAUAGAUCACAUAUUUCUUGAAUAAUUGAAUUUAAAAUGUUAACGCCCAUUGAAUUUAUAGAUAGAUAGUAUAUUUUCGUACAUUGUCCUAAUUUUAAAUGUUUAAACUAUUUUUUUUAAACGAAAUAUAUUUUUUUACUAGAUAAGAUUUUUCUAUUUAUGUAAAGUCAUCUUAUUAUGUAAAGUCACAUAUAAAUUUGUAUUUUAAUAAUAAACCUUCAUAUGUAAUAUAUUUUUAGACAUUACAAUAAUUUUCUAUUUUACGAAAAUUAGAAGAGAUUACCGAGUUUAAUAAUUAAACAAAAAUCCAACAAACAAUAUAUUGUAAAUAAAAUAAAAAAAAACUAAUGUGAUAGUUUGAACAAUUAAUUUGAUUAAGAACACGUAAACUAUAACAAUUUUGAGUUUGAAAAAGUUAUUUACACAUUUCAAAAUAUGUGAUUAUUAUAAUAUAUAUUAUUUUAAAGUAAAAACAAAAUAUCUAUGUAAAUAUGAAUGAAAACAAAUACCCGCACGGUUGUGCGGGUCAAAAUCUAGUGAUACAUUAAAAGAUGAAAUGAAAUACUGGGAGUCGGUUAUAUACGACAAACUUAACAACAAAAUAUCUCAUAUACCAAACGACACAAAACAGUUUACUAUACCCUAAGCAAAAUUGUAUGUUCUUCUUGAAACUCACCGAUCGAAUGAACGUUGCUACUGAGGUCGGCAACGCGAGAUGGAUGAAUAGCAUGCAAUCACCCUCAGCGUCACAUUCAUUAAGACCUCCCUUGUAAUAUAGGACGAAAGAAGCUGAUAUUAUUUAUUUAACUAAGAGACAUCACUUAAUAGAUUUUCUACUUUGCAUUGUAAACUACUAAAUUAGCUAACAAUCCAAAAAGGGCAAUAAAAAAAAUAUUAUUUUAAAUUCCGAAAUAGUGAUGAGUUUGUUGUCGAACAUACUUAUUAGUGACAAAACGUGAUCUUCACCAAGUUUUGUUUUACCAGAACAUGUUUAACUUCUGAAGAAGAAUUUAAAGAUAGUAGUAUAUUAUAUGAAGGAAUUAGAUCGAUCAAAGAAUUAUACUGAAAUAUGUAAUUAUGCUGUUUAAUUCGGAUGUCAAACAUUCAAACUCAUCAACCAUACUUUUCCACACCGACCUAUUGUUUAGCUACACACAUAAGCAGCCUUGAUAAUUCAAUCUCAAUCAUGCUUUGUGCCAACAAGUUUGGUCCUCUCCUCCGGCGAAUCUUUGAAAACAAUUGAUAUUGAUUUCCGUAAGAAUCUAAAAGACCACGCAACACAACUGUCAGAGAAGAAUCAUACAUCUCUCAUUUUUUUUUCAAACCCAAAACAUUUAACAAAUAAAAAAAGUUUCUAGAGUAGUCCACGUUGUUAUAGCUAGCAUCAUCAUCUUUCUCACAUUCAUUAUUAAACUAGCAAAAAUCAUUAAGCCAUUAGAAAAUGACGUAAACACUCCUUAAUUAAUUAAUUAACCAACCCCAAAUGUAGGAAAAUGAUUAGGACUAAUCGGUGGCUUCCAAUAUUAUUGAAAACGACGCCGCUUAACGCAACUAACUCAUCACAAACCGAUUAUUUCAAAAAAUAUAUAUUCCCUACUUUACUUCUACUCUUACAAAGUACUUUUGUCUGCCGGCGCAAACACCAGAUCUCUCCUCCCGAGUUAAACACCAGUUAUUAAAGCAACCUGUUCUGUUCUAACCAACCCGGAAGAAAAAGUUUCGAUUUUUAUAAAACUUUAGUGGAGAACGAAGAAGAUGGAGUACGAGAAUGGGAAGAAGAGGAAAGUUCGAAACAGACAGCAACAAUUAAAACCACAGUUCUUGUCUCCAAGGUAUCUAACAAUAAGCCUCUGUUCUUUCUUCGUCUUGCUCUUCUUCUUAUCCUCCAACCGAAUCUCCGUCCGUUCCGAUUCUCUGAGACCCUCUCUUCGUCUCCCUGCUCUCUCCGUCUCAUCUUCAAUGGACCGUUCCCUUCACGCUAGAUUAUUCCCUCCAUUGAGAGUCGAAGACAGAGUCCAGUUCCCAGACCACCUCCUUCUCAUUCUCUCGACCAAAAUCGAGAAAGGCGUGAAGAAAGACUUAGUCUGUGUUUACCACGGAGGAAGAAAGGAAGAGACUUUGGCUUUGCCGUCGAUCUCUAGCGACGAACUCGACGAGUUCAGAUCGAUAGUUCGAUGCCCAAAUGCUCCUUUGAACUACUCUUCCUCUGUUAAUAUCCAAUCCCGUGGAGAUACGAGAGAGAGUGAGAAGGUUCAUGAUUGGUCAAAAGUUGUUUACGACGCGGUGGUUGACGCCGACGGCGACGGAGACACGGUGGUUGUGUUUGUCAAAGGGUUGACUCGAAGACCCCACAAGGAGUCAGAUCCUUCUAACUACAAAUGCCAUUUCGAGACACGUGUCGAAGUUUUACUCACGCAAGCUCUCGCUGCGGCGCAAGAGGUAGUGAGGUGUGUUUUGCCAGAGAGCUUGAAGCUAAAUCCAGAGCCGUUUCGUGUGAGCGUAAGAGGAAGAUCCACGCCUGCUUUACCAUCCGUCGCGAGAAUCUACGGUUCAGAUUCCAUCGUGAAGGUGAAGAAGAAGCAUGAGCUUUGCGUUUGCACGAUGCUAUGGAACCAAGCUCCCUUCUUGCGUGAAUGGAUUAUGUAUCACUCGUGGUUAGGCGUCGAGCGUUGGUUUAUCUACGACAACAACAGCGACGACGGUUUACAAGAGGAGAUUAAAUUGCUUAACUCGGAGAGUUACAACGUGAGCCGACACGUUUGGCCGUGGAUCAAGACGCAAGAAGCUGGUUUCUCUCAUUGUGCGGUUAGAGCUAAAAGUGAAUGCAACUGGGUCGGGUUCUUCGACGUGGACGAGUUCUACUACUUCCCUACGCAUCGCUCUCAAGGCUUACCUAGCAAAAACGCUUUAUCCUCUCUUGUGUCUAACUACACUUCGUGGGGUUUGGUUGGAGAGAUUAGAACCGAAUGUCAUAGCUACGGUCCGUCCGGUUUAACCUCGGUUCCGUCACAAGGCGUGACGGUGGGGUACACUUGUAGACAAGCGAACCCGGAGAGACAUAAGUCUAUAAUCCGACCAGAGCUGCUGACGAGCUCUUUGCUAAACGAAGUACAUCAUUUUCAGAUGAGGGAAGGUGUGGGGCAUGUGAGUUUGGUGGAGAGCGUUGCGGUUGUGAACCAUUACAAGUACCAAGUGUGGGAGACUUUUAAAGCGAAGUUUGAGAGGAGAGUGGCGACUUAUGUUGUGGACUGGCGAGAGAAUCAGAACCAAGGGUCUAAAGACCGAGCUCCGGGGCUAGGGACGGAGGCGGUUGAGCCGGUGGAUUGGAAGAGACGGUUCUGUGAGGUUUGGGAUACUGGUUUGAAGGAUUUGGUUUUGUCGAGUUUUGCUGAUCAAGUGACUGGCUAUUUGCCUUGGCAGAGGCAACUACAAGAAUGAUGACUUUAAUUCUUUUUUAGUUGGUUUCUGAGGUUAACUUCAGGUGUACAUUUGACGAGUAUACAUGCCAACACGACAUUAAUAGUUUACUUAUUAGUUAUUUAAUUGGUUCUUUUUGGGGGAGUUGAAAUGGUUACUAAUGUUUUGUUUCUUAAGAGUUUUUUUUACCACAUCUGUAAAUCUUGGUGACACUGAAAAUUUAAGUUGUUUUUUGGUGCCUUGUUUCUUAAUUGUGUGCACAAAGCUAACAAGUUCUUGCCA